AUGUCGGACAGAGCCAGCACUGAAAAAUCAUUCAAUGUUCUUUUAGAAAAAUACAGAACGGAAAUAUUGCCAAUUGUGCUCGACGAGUAUUCGGAUAUGGGUGAAGAGGACCAGUCCAUCGUUUCCAGAAUGAACAAUUUCUUUUGUGGUCUUCGUCUGCUUGUAGAAUUUGCUGAUGUUUGUGAGUCCUCCUUUAAGAGAUUCGAACCAUCAUACAAUGAUGGAAUUGAUAUUGGUUCUGAAACUCGUCCAGAACUGAAGAGGUUUCACAUAGCUGAAAGCGAAACUCUCAGACUUAUGAGAACUUGCAGCAAGUCAUUUGCACGAGGUGAAGAUGAGAAAAAUGGGGUGUAUCUUUCCUUCACAACAUUUCUGACAAAGAUAAAGAGAAAAAACAACAUUUUGAGAUUUAAACACAAUAGAUUCAACAUUAUUUUUUUGUCCUUGGUAUCAUUUUUAGACAAACUUAGUUCAAAUAAUGAGACUGUGGUUAACUUUAUUAUUGGAGAAGACACACCUUUUGCAACAAUUCUAGAUCCGAAUGAUGUGGUGUUAAUGGACCUUAUUGAACCAAAUGAAGAAUUGGAUCCCAUUGUUGUGUCUAUUUUAAAAGGAUUGGCUACUUCUUGCAGUGCCUUGAUAAAAAGAAAGGUGCCAGAGCACUUACAAGGAGGAAGGUUUUGGGAUCCAUCUGAAUCCCUCAGAGCUGAAAUGGCUUCUGCAAUGAAGCACAAUAAAUUACCAGAAUUUGUAUUUGGCCAGUUAGAUCAUCUGAUAUCAUUUAGACCGAAUGCCUCUCUAUUAGCUAAUGAAGCCUACAUCAUGUUUACUUUCAAUAAAACAGCCUCUUGGUUAAAAGCAUUGCCACAAGAAGAUUUUGACAAGUAUAUGGAUGAGUCUAGGAAGGAGGGAAAAGUGAUCAGAUCCAAAUUUAGAAAAAGGACCAAAGAAAUUGCCGAAGAGAGAUUGAAAAGUCAAAGGCUGAAGAAGAAACAAUUAGAUCGGUUAGAAUCAGAAAGAAUAAAGAAGGCAGAAAACAUUGCUAAUGAGAUGUGUUAUUAUGGCUUGUAG